AUGGGCAACAAGCAGACUGUGUUCACUCACGAGCAGCUGGAGGAAUACCAGGACUGUACUUUCUUCACGAGGAAGGAGAUCAUGAGACUCUUCUAUCGCUACCAGGACCUGGCUCCCCAGCUGGUACCCCUAGACUAUACCACUUGUCCUGAGGUGAAGGUUCCCUAUGAGCUGAUUGGCAGCAUGCCAGAGCUGAAGGACAACCCUUUCCGCCAGAGGAUUGCACAGGUCUUCUCUCAAGAUGGGGAUGGUCACAUGACCUUAGAGAACUUUCUCGAUAUGUUCUCAGUGAUGAGUGAGAUGGCUCCCCGGGACCUGAAGGCCUACUACGCCUUUAAGAUUUAUGACUUCAACAAUGAUGACUACAUUUGCGCGUGGGACCUGGAGCAGACGGUGACCAGGCUCACCCGUGGGGAGCUGAGUGCUGAGGAGGUGACCCUGGUCUGUGAGAAGGUGCUGGAUGAAGCAGACAGCGACCAUGAUGGGCGGCUGUCCCUGGAGGACUUCCAAAACAUGAUCCUGCGGGCACCAGACUUCCUCAGCACCUUCCACAUCCGCAUCUGACAGCACCCGGAGGACACAGCUGAUCUUUCCCCAUCUCCACCCGACUCUCUGAAUAAACAGGAAUCAAAC